AUGAGCGACGAUGCUAAUCGUUUAGAAAACCUUGGAUAUAAACAAGAAUUAACUCGAAGUUUAACUCGUUUGACGAAUUAUGGAAUGACAUUAUCAGUUGUGAGUAUUACUUCGGGUGUGACAUCUCUGUUUGCAUAUGGAAUGAUGACUGGUGGUCCUAUGGUCAUGGUUUGGGGAUGGAUACUUGUGUCUUUAUUUACCAUUUGUGUUGGUCUUAGUAUGGCAGAAAUCUGUUCAGCUUAUCCAACUGCUGGUGGUCUUUACUUUUGGACUGCUAAUCUUGCUCCUCAACAAUAUCGAUCGAUGGUUAGUUGGUUUACUGGUUGGUUCAAUCUAAUGGGACAAUUUGCUGGAGUGACAUCUGUUGAUUUUGGUCUUGCAAUGCUUGUUGGAAGCGUUAUUUCUAUUGGCAUCGGCAAUUGGACACCACAACCAUGGCAUAUUGUCUUGAUUCAUUUGGGUCUCAUCGUUAGUCAUGGAAUAUGCAACUCUCUUGGUCGCCGUGUACUAUUGUGGAUCACAUAUAUUUCAACUUGGUGGCAAUCGCUUGCACCGGUCAUUGUAGCCAUUACCGUUCUGUUUGGCGGAAAGGGUGAAAAUCAUACGGCAAAAUUUGUCUUUUCAACAUUCGUUAACCGUACAGGAUGGACCAGUUCGGUACGUCAAAAGCAGCCCUUUUGA